ACACUUGGAAAGUUUGCAUUGUCAACUGAUGCGCAAAUAGGAAACAGAUCGCCCACACAAUGUUGGACGGAUGGAAAGGAAACUUGGACACCGACAUGAGAGUGAACAAUACUUCUGUGCGAUACAGCGCAAAUUACUUUUUACGUCGUAAAAAGGUAGAUUUUGAAGUUGGUCACGUCAUGUGGGCUCCGUUUAUUCUUAUAUUAUUUUUCAACGGCGGCUUUUCGACCCGAAUUACGCGUUUUACAAACCUAAAGUGUAAAGUGCUGGAUCCAUCUUAUUGCGUAUAUGAUAAGUGUCACCUUAAAAUACUUGGUCGAGGAAUUGUGGGAGUAAACGUGGAUGCAAAACUGUUAAAAGGACCCUUUAAUAAUGCGAAGGUAAACCUCAGUCUUUGGCGUAAAUUCAAUGGUUUUCGUCCAUUUAUGUUCAAUGUGACCUUUGAUUUUUGCAAAUUUAUGUCAACAUCGAAUACCGCCUUGUCAUUUCAAAAAAUAUUUUUCGAUGCUCUCUCUACGCAAUCAAAUCUAAACCACUCUUGUCCAUAUGAGAAGGAAAUCGUGGUGCGUGAUUUGGUAUUCCAGAACGAUUUUUUUGAAAUUCUUGCCAUUACCAUCUGGGGAGUAUCAAAUUCAAAUAAUUGCGGCUACGGACAAUGAAUGGAAAACUAAAGUGGAUGUAACGGGCUUAUUAGAGGAAUGAACACUAAGCCUUACUAAAGAAUAAAUCCUCUGUAAAUAACACACUGUCUGAUCAUAUCUUAACUUAUCAAUACUAAGGAUACAAAUUUUGUUAACAAUUGAUUAGUAAACAGCUUAAUAGCCUAUUUGCACUGCACCAAAAAAAACGAUUUUUUCCGAUCCGGUCGAUUGUUACGUUCGCAUAGGGCGAACAUACAUAGGUAAAAACCCAUAAAAAAAAAGUCGGUUCGAAAUUUAAAAAAAAUACUGAG